UCUAGUCGCGACGGUUCUCUCUGCGAGUGUGUUGUCCCGGUUCCGUAUUUUCCCCCAUUUUCAUCUUGUCUCCGAUUGGACAAGUGUGAUAAUGAGCAACAAUUGUCACUACCAGAUUAUUCUGAUUGCUCUCGCCGGAAGUGCCCUUCUGAUCGGAUUGUUCCUUCCUCCUUCGGUGGAAGCCGUUCGCUAUGUGCCCAAAUGGAAGAAACAGGCCUGCGAGAUCCCCUCGUCGCAGAAUGAGUACUCGCACUACGUGUGCGACGACAAUGGGGAUGUGAAGUGUCUGCCGGGAUGGCAGGGAGAUCUGUGUGACGUUCCGAUCUGCAAGAAGGGCUGCGAUCCACUGAAUGGGUACUGUAAGAGACCGGGCGAGUGCCGCUGCAAGUUGGGCUUCUAUGGAGAGAACUGUAAUCGCUGUAUUCCACUGCCCGGGUGUCAGCACGGUGGCUGUCAGGUUUCCUUCGAGUGCGUCUGCCAUAAGGGCUGGGACGGGAUAUUCUGCUCGGAACCGAUCUGCCGUGAGGACUGUCAUCCAUCUCGUGGUUACUGUGAAGCUCCCGGAGAGUGUCGUUGUCGAUUGGGAUGGGCUGGACCGACUUGUCGCGAUUGCCAGGUUCUACCGGGAUGUGUUCACGGAACAUGUGGCAAACCCCUGGAGUGCAAAUGUUUGCCCGGCUGGACUGGAAUUCUGUGUCAAACGGCUAUCUGCUCGCCAAAUUGCAGUCGGGAGCACGGCUAUUGUCGACGGCCUGGAGAGUGUCGUUGCCGUAUCGGAUGGAUGGGUAGCGAUUGCAACAAAUGUCACCCAUAUCCGGGUUGCAAAAAUGGAGACUGUCGUCGUCCCUGGGAAUGCAACUGUAAGCCUGGCUGGGGAGGAAUGUUGUGCGAUGAAGAACUCAACUACUGCGAAAAGAAUCCCAAUACCUGCGCUAACGGUGGCAAAUGUACUUCGUUGAUUAAGGACGACGGUUUCUUCCGAUGUGAGUGUCCUUCCGGAUACAAGGGCAAGAACUGUGAGAUCUUGCCACCCUCGAUGACCACCAGCAGUACGACUGAGGCUCCAACAACGACGGUUGCUUCAUCAGCUGGAAGCUCAGAAGAAGCUUCAACGAUGGGUUCUUCCAGCGAUGAGCACGACGAACCGGAACAGAUGACCAGCCUGAGGCUACAGCUGGGUAAUGUUACCACCCAAUAUCCGGGGGAGGAUUACCUGAACGAUGAGUUUAGUUCGGAAGACAUAGAUAAUGAAGCCUAGAAAAAAACCUUAUCGAAAA